AUGUCUGCCGAGGAGGAUCUCAUCGACUACUCCGACGAGGAGCUCGCCACCAACGAGACGGCCCCCGCCAACGGCAAGAAGGCCGACGCAGCUGCUUCUGGCAACAAUGUUGACAAGAAGGGCUCUUACGUCGGCAUCCACUCGACUGGUUUUCGUGACUUCCUGCUCAAGCCUGAGCUUCUUCGCGCCAUCGCCGACUGCGGUUUCGAGCAUCCAUCGGAGGUUCAGCAAGUUACUAUUCCUCAAGCCCUUCUCGGAGGUGACAUCAUCUGCCAGGCCAAAUCUGGUCUCGGAAAGACGGCUGUCUUCGUCUUGACUACCCUGCAGCAAGUCGAACCUGUGGCUGGCGAAUGCUCGGUGUUGAUUAUGUGUCACACCCGUGAACUCGCUUUCCAGAUCCGCAAUGAAUACAACCGCUUUAGCAAGUACAUGCCCGACAUCAGAACUGGCGUCUUCUACGGUGGUGUUCCCAUCGCCAAGGACGCCGAGGUCUUGAAGAACAAGGACACCCACCCUCACAUCAUCGUCGGAACUCCAGGCCGGCUGCAAGCCCUUAUUAGGGACAAGUACCUGCGCCUUGGCAGCGUCCGAAUCUUCGUACUCGAUGAAUGUGACAAGAUGCUUGAUCAGAUCGAUAUGCGCAGAGACGUACAGGAGAUCUUCCGUGCCACGCCUCAGCAGAAGCAAGUCAUGAUGUUCAGCGCCACCCUUUCAGAUGAGAUCAAGCCCAUCUGCCGAAAGUUCAUGCAGAACCCCACGGAACACUAUGUCGACGAGGGCACCAAGUUAACCCUGCACGGUAUGCAGCAGUUCUACAUCAAGCUUGACGAGAAGGAGAAGAACCGCAAGCUGAAUGAGCUCCUGGACGAACUUCAGUUCAACCAGGUUAUCAUCUUCGUCAAGAGCACUCUCCGUGCGACUGAGCUUGACAAGCUGCUUCGCGAGUGUAACUUCCCGUCUAUUGCAGUCCACUCUGGUGUCAGCCAGGAUGAGCGUAUUCGACGAUACAAGGAGUUCAAGGAGUUCAACAAGCGCAUCUGCGUAGCCACCGAUGUCUUCGGUCGUGGUAUUGACAUUGAACGUAUCAACCUCGCCAUCAACUACGAUCUGUCGGCAGAUGCUGACUCGUACCUUCACCGCGUUGGUCGAGCCGGACGGUUUGGUACCAAGGGUCUCGCUAUCUCCUUUGUGAGCAGCGAGCAAGACCAAGAGGUGCUGAAGUCCAUUGAGAAGCGAUUCGAGGUUCAACUUCCGGAGUUCCCAGCAGAGGGUAUCGACGCCGCUACGUAUAUGACAUCGUAG